GCAUAGCAGAGCUCCACUUAUAAGUUGCAUAACAUGUGAAAGUGAUUUGAAUGACAAGGGAGACAAUAUUCGAGUGAAAGUUAAAUAUAUUGUAAAGGAUUGAAUCCUGACACAUUUUGUGCACAAUUGAUUGGGAGGAACAACCAAAAAGCACAACCAAAAAGCACAAUGGAACAAGGUCUCAACCAUUGGGCAGAUAUUUUGGUCAUUGUGCUUUACUUUGGUUUUCUGUUAGCAGUUGGAUUGUGGUGUAUUCUACGUCAGAACCGAGGUAGCGUUAAAGGUUAUUUCCUAGCAGGACGAGAGAUUGCAUGGUGGCCAGUCGGAGCCUCAUUAUUUGCCAGUAAUGUUGGCAGUGAACAUUUCAUAGGGCUGGCGGGAACAGGAGCUGCAUCUGGCAUAGCUAUUGUGCUCUAUGAAUGGAGUUGUAUUCCUCUACUUAUAGCACUUGGUUGGUUGUUCCUACCAAUUUACAUUUCAGCUGGGGUAUAUACCCUCCCUGAGUAUUUGGAGAAAAGAUUCGGAGGCAGUAGGAUCCGCAUCUAUCUCAGCUGCCUUGCUGUUGUACUCUAUAUUGUCACCAAGAUAGCAGUAUGUAUAUUUGCUGGUGGUCUUUUCAUCCAACUAGCACUUGGCUGGGACAUGUACCUCUCUAUAGCAGUUCUGCUACUCAUCACUGGCCUCUAUACUGUACUUGGAGGUUUAGCUGCUGUUAUCUACACGGACACACUCCAGACCAUCAUCAUGAUGCUUGGUGCCACAUCUCUCACAAUUAUGAGUUUUGUAAGAAUCGGAGGCUACGACGGUUUAAUCAAAGAAUACCAAAAGGCUGUGCCAUCUAUAGGGGAAAAUAACUCCACUUACAAUGGGACAUGUGGUGCCCCAAGGAAAGAUGCCUUUCAUCUGUUCAGAGACCCCGUCACAUCUGAUAAUCCAUGGCCUGGAAUCAUACUACAAUCCAGUAUAGGCUGUCUUUGGUACUGGUGUUGCGACCAAGUUAUUGUACAGAGGGCUCUGGCAGCAAAGAACUUGAUGCAUGCAAAAGGUGGCGCCAUAUUAGCAGGGUACCUUAAACUACUACCCAUGUUUUUCAUAGUUCUGCCAGGAAUGAUCAGUAGGGCACUCUACCCAGAAGAGGUAGCAUGUAUUGACAUGGAUGAAUGCCUGAAACAUUGCAACAACCCUGUUGGUUGCUCCAAUAUUGCAUACCCAAAGCUGGUCAUGGAAUUUCUACCUGUUGGUUUAAAGGGACUGUUAAUGGCAGUUAUGAUGGCAGCCAUAAUGAGUUCACUGACGAGUAUAUUCAACAGUGCGAGUACACUCUUCACAAUGGACCUAUGGAGGAGGGUCAGACCACAUGCACAUGAUAGAGAACUACUUAUAGUUGGGAGGGUUUUUAUCAUAAUACUGUGUGGGGUGAGCAUACUUUGGGUCCCAAUGGUGCAGACAUCCCAAGGAGGCCAGUUGUUUGUGUACAUACAGGCAGUCCAAGGCUAUUUAGGCACCCCUGUGGGGGCCUUGUUUCUUAUGGCAGUGCUUUGGAAGAGAAUGACUGAACAUGGAGCAUUCUGGGGCAUCCUGAUUGGUCACUUCUGUGGUGUGGUACGUAUGAUCCUAGACUUUGUCUACACACCCCCAGGCUGUGGGGAAGAGGAUACAAGACCUGCUGUUGUUAUGGUCCACUACACCUAUUUUGGACCCCUUCUACUCAUCAUAACCGCAGUAGCUAUCACAGCUAUCAGUUUUUUGACAGAGCCUCCCAUUGAUCAACAGCUCAAAGGCGUAACUUGGUGGACAAUAUAUCAAGACCCCAAUAGCGAGACAAAGGAGGAAAUAGACCUAAAGACCAGCACUAAAACAGCCCCACAUAUAGAAACAAAGAGUAUAGCAGGGAAUAAUGGUCCACAUGUAAAGGAAAAUGGUGAUGGAGUCCCUGCUAAUGGGAUUGCAGAUGCCAUUGUGCCAAUUGAAAUGAUUGAUGAUGUAGCAGAGGAACAAUCAGACGAUGCUGCUACACACAAUGCGAACAGAGUUGACACACCACCAAAUGAUCCUUCAAUGAACAUCAAUGCAUCAAACUCGAAAUUGGAUGAAACGGUUGAGAAUGGCAAUUUAGAAGAAAUGAGAGUUGAUUCUGAGGUGAGUGGCAGGCUGUCUGUAUGGAAACAUUGGUUGAAUGUAAUCUGUGGUAUGAACAGCAAGACAGAGGAUGCUGCUCCUGAGCAACACUCUCAACGCUUAGACCAUAUCACACCCCUGUUUAGAAGAAAGCAAGCAACAAAUGUCCCAGAUCUACAACAUGUAUCCACUAUUCUAUGUACAUGUAUGUCGAGUCUCUAUACUCUCCUGAAGAGAACCUAUGCUACAGACACAACUGUCCAGAAUUUAGAUGAUGAUGUGCUUAAACAGUUUGAUGAAUGGUGUGCUGACCAAGUGCCUAAACAGUUUGAUGAAUGGUGUGCUGACCAACAGAAUGUACCAGUCUUCAAGCUUUGGUUUCUGAUUAUUUAA